AGCGGCGAUACAAGCCUUGUUAAGAGAUCACGCCAACCGCAUUGGGUCGCUCUUUGCGAGAUCAGGUAUCAAAAAGUAGUCCGGAUCUUCCGUAGAGCUUGCUAAGUGCUCACACACGUCCUGACGGAAUGCCUGACACGACGCAGAGGUGAGGUGAGCAAGUACUAAAACCCUGGCGACCGCCUUGUGGUGUCCUACCUAUCCAUCAUGCGCUUCCAGUCAAAUGAGAUGAGGAAAACAUGACAGAUCACCAGUCCUUGACCAGACUUCGGCCAGUGGGCUUGCUUGAGCAGUUUGCAACAGCCAGACACUCUUUAGGCUUUUACAACAAUGUGGCAGUCAGCGCCUUUUAUUCUUCCAGAGUCGUGCGGGACUUCUCGGCGUUAGCAUAUGUUAUAUUCACUGCCUUAGACGCGGUUAUAGCUGGACACCCAGCAUUGAGUGCUAUUCCGGUCGACGAAGACACAUCUGCUCCAUACUUUGCGAGACUACCAGAAAUUGACCUCCAAGAGGCGACAACGUUUGUGUCCUCGGAGCUCGUCCUAGACCCGUAUAAUGAAGCCUCGAUGAAGGAACUUGACAAGAUUUUGGAAGAGCAACACAAUAAGGGUUUCCGAGAUCAAGCUAGCAGCCUACCUUUCUGGCGGAUGAUUGUUGUAUAUGAGCCGGCGAAGUGCUCCGACUUCAUCGCGUGCUUCGUAUUCCAUCAUGCUCUGGCGGAUGGAGCAUCUGGUCUGGCAUUUCAUCGAGCUUUUCAAUCCGCACUUGAAAGGGCGGACACCAUUGCAGCUACUUUUGGGUCGAUUGCAGACAAUCGUGGAGGCCACCGUCUCAACAACAAGUUCAUUGCAAGACCGCCCGGCAGGUCUCUGAUCCCAAGUCUGGAGGACAUUCAUCCACUGGCACUCUCGAUCACUUACAUCCUCAAGUCGCUCUGGAAUGACUGGUUUCGUAGCAGACCAAGUACCGUGUGGACGGGCUUACCUAUAACGGCAGAUCCGAGCAAAACGAAAAGUCGCUUCCAGUCAAUGUGCUUAUCGCAAGGCACCACUACCCGUCUCCUGAAGGCAUGCCGGUCUCACGCCACAACUCUGACAGCAGCUGUCGAAGUCCUUACAGCGGCCGCUGUACUCACAGAGCUCCCGACAGAAUACUCUAUUGUGCGGUGCCAGGGCGCCAUAUCUUUGCGGAGGUGGCUUCCUCACGACAUUGUCAACGAAGACUCAUUUGGCGACUGGGUUUCUCGGUAUGUGGACGAGCACCGCUGGACGGAUAGCAGGGACCAACCCCGUAAAGCCAUCGACUUGUUCUCCUGGGACGAAGCGAGGCGUGUGAGGAAAACAAUUGAGACGGAGCUCAACAAGGAGGGCAAAGAUAACGUGGUUGGGCUUCUAAAGUACGCUGGAGAUAUUCAUCAACGGUUCAAGGGGAAGAUAGGAAAAGACCGAGACGAGACAUUCGAGAUAUCCAACAUUGGCGUGUACAAGACUGGCUUCGCAGGGGACAUGGAUUGUGAAUGGAGAGUUGGCAGAGUUGUCUUCAGUCAAUGUGCGGACGUCUGUGGUCCUGCAAUCGGCUUGUCGCUUGCCACGGGAGGAGAUGGAUGUCUCAACAUUGGCUUUUCGUGGUUAGAGGGCAUUGUUGAGGGAAGGUGGAUGGAGCAGAUGAUGACGACUUUACGGGAUCUUGUGGAUGAGGUCGUGCAGUCUGAGUGAAAAAUGAACAUAAUCAGACCAUCCUCGACGCUGGUGAAAGAAUCUUCUUGGCCUUGUAUGGGAGUCUUUAGGUGUUGUCACCGAUGCUGCUUUAAGUAAG